AUGCUUCGGAUGAUAUCAACUCUCUCGAGGCUAAGGCUUUGGUACGCUCACUCCCGAGACCAUGUACGUAAUUCUAGGGUUGAUAUUCAUACUGAUAAUCGAACCCUCAAGGCCGCCUUGGACAACUUUGGCUGCAAGAAUUCAUCUGUUAACGAUUCUGUCAAGGAAAUCUUGGAGUGUAGCCGUCAGUUAAACUUGGCUAUUGAUGUCCACUAUGUUCCUUCCCGCGACAAUAUGGCAGACGCACCUUCUCGAGCGUGUUCGGACCUUGACUGUAUGUUGUCAGAACAGGCCUGGAAUUCAGUGGAGUGCAGAUUCGGUCCUCACUCCUUCGAUCUUAUGGCGUUAGACAGUAACUGUCGAAGGGAUCGUUCUGGUCUAAUGCUUCCUCAUUAUUCUCCUUGGCCUACUCCGGCCUCUGAGGAGGUUAACGCCUUUGCGCAGCCCAUCCCACUGGAGCAUAACAUUUACGCUUUUCCGCCUUUCGUUUUACUCGGUCCGUUAUUGAGGUAUUUUUUGGAUCAGGGAUUCCACGGAGCCCUUACUCUGGUGGUCCCAGAUUUGCGUCCCAGGCGUUUUUGGGGGGCUGUCCUUCAGUCUGUCGCAGUUGAUCGCCUUUUGCUUGGCAGGAAGCGCGACGAUGCUGUGUUGCUUUUCGCCUCUCGCUCCACGUAUGUCUGGUCGGCGCGAUUUCUUCAGUGGGACUUGUGGGCUUAUCGCUGUAUUUUCUAAUUUUUUUCCCGUUUGUGGUCUUCUGCUAGAUUCCGCGACCUUGGAAACCAGCCCGUCUUUGUGGUUCGUGUUUGUAUCCGAAUGACGCAGAUGCCCAUUUCUGUCAAGCAUGUGGGGUUCCCACUGUGCCCUUGGUGCCAGCUGUUCCCUGUGGCAGAGGUCCUGUGGAUGAGAAGGUUAUUCAAGAGCGUUUUCAAGAGUUUAAGUUUUCGUUUGAGCGUCGGCCCUAUCAACGUCAAAAGUCAGCCCUUGAGCAGCAGUUAUCUACGUUUCUCGCAUCAGUUUCCCUGCCUAAAACAAUUUCAUCUUGUACGGUAGACGACGUUAUUAAGUUUCUCAUUUAUAAAGAUUCGUCGGGGCGAACAGUGGUUCAUGUCCCCAAAUGUUCCAGAGAAGCUUGCGCCUGCCCCCGCCGUUUAGCCGCUGGCACCGUUGACUCCCUGCUUGGAAAGCUCAGGUCCAUCUUGAAUAACCUUGGUCGCAUCGACCACACUAAUCCUAUCGCGCAUUCUCGUAUCAAGGAAUACUUGAACUUUGUUCGCGUCGAACAGGCGGGUAUGGCUAUUUCUCCUUCGCAAGCUGUGCCAUUGUUCUUUGUUAAGUUCCAGAAUUUAAUUGCCCAUUUACGGGGAAAAAUUGUUGAUAGUCAAUCAUUGUCUAGAAUUAGUCAGUAUAUUUUGGUUAGGGAUGCUACCUUUUUUGUAAUAGAUUUCUUUACAGGCGACAGGGAAUCGGAUUUGGGUCGCCCAUUAGCCAGCCAGGUUUUUAAAUUAAAAGAUCGUGAGGGUUACUUGUUGCGUUUUACCUUUUCUAAAACUUUGCGUAAAGACCCCCCUCGUUUUUUCGCCUUGGUUCCCUUUUGCAAAACAGACGUGUGCCCGGUUAAUUGGGUAACUUAUUAUCUCUCUGUGUGUGAUUUACUUAAGGUCCGCUUAGCUUCGGGUUUUUUUCUUUCGGGCUUCUGACCGCAGUAGAGAUAUUAGUCUCAGGCCUUUCGUCGGCUCGGCUGUUAAUAAUUUAACCGUCUUCGGGGGUAUCUCACCGAAGCUAAGCUUCAUGAAGGUAAAACCCCUCAUAGUUUCUGGGUGGGUUUGUCUGCUACUUUGAGAUUGCUAGGUUGUUCUCAACAGCAGGUUGCACAGUAUAUAGUUUGGAAGAGUGGGGAGUUGGCUCAACAUUACUCCCGUUCGUCUGAUGGGGCGGCGUCCCUCACGAUCUUCGAGGACGUCCUUCCUAGUGCUACUUGUUUGGUCACAGUGCCUGUGUCUCACCCCGACAAUCUGCGACCCGUUUGUACCAAUUGAACGAUUUCACUUUCACCUGUUAUUGUUACCCCUAGUCCUCCUAUCAGGGUUGAAGGGGAUUUGUGAGUAAUGGGAGAGGUUGGAUUAAAAUUGUGUUCUGCAGCUUUUGUUGUGUGGUUUUGUAUGCUUCGGGGUGUUUUUUGGGGUCAGUCGGGUAGCUGUAGCGUGUUGUCAAGGGUUGGAGCGGUCUCCUCCCAUAACUUAGUUUACCGUGAUGUGGUAAUAGACAUGAAGUGAGGAUAAAUUACUAACAGAAUCAUCCACAUGCACUUGAACGUUUGUAGUUGCCGUACUUUCAUUAGAACAUUCUAGGGAACGUUUUGUCUUUAAACCAAAAUUUUCAAGAGAACUUUUUUUAACAAUAAUCGCGCUCCUUAUGUGAAAAUCACAAGUUCCGAACCUAGUAUGUAACUGGUAAGUAAAAAAACUUAGAAUAUCUUUAGCAGACGAAUGGAGCGGUUAUAUCCAGAAAGUUAUUUAGCCUUUCGCGACUUCUAGAAAUUUCUAGGGCAUUAAAAUAAACAAUGAUUAGUUAAAAAGUCGUUGGGUGCCCCUGAUCAUUGAGUUAUACACAUGCAUUUUCAUUAGGGACCAUUAGGUCGAUCUCAAAAUAUAAUUCUCCUUGUUUCUUCCUACCACCUGCUUUAAUUUUGACUCCCUCCCUUUAACUCAUUCACCACUGGAGAUUUUGCCGAAAAACACAUUUUGAAGCUAGUAGAGCGGUUUUCUGGUCACUAUCGUGCUAUAAAGAGAUAAAACUUACCACAAGGUUGUUCUUCGCGGCCUUCUAAUCCAGAUGGAAAAUAUUAACUUGCAAAGUUCGGGCAUGCGCAGAAAGCAAAAUUUCGAGAUAAUUUUGGGUUUAAAAGUGACACAGCAGUCUUGACUUUUACUUGUCGCUUUCUCUCCUUCCCUCUUUUUUCGCUUUUCUUGCCUCAUUUUUUUCUCUUGCUGGGCAUUUAGUGGACUUCGUUUUGGUGGGAAAAGUUUUGGGAACCUCCUAGGUAUUGGUUUGGAGAUUGAUCAACCUAAAAAAAGGUACCUGGCACUCACAUUGAUUUGCACUGGAGAGCCUAUAACUUAAUAACAAUAAUAAUAAUGUUCACUGGAAGAGACAUUAUUACUAGAACUUCUUUGGAAAAAGAAAUUGCGUUUCAAACAAAUUGAGCUUUGUUGUUAUAAAUUUUUUAGGUCUAAAAUUCUUUUGGACAUCCGUUCCGCUGAUCACGAAAUUGACAAGCUCGUAUGA